CGAUAGCUCGAACGGAGGACAAAUCAACGAAAUCAAACGAACGGGUCAAAUUGAGUCAAAAUAUGAAAUCGACCAAUCAAUCCGGCGUGGAGGUUAAUCUGCCGGCGAUAUCAACUCGGGGCAGCGGCUAUAUGCGGCGACGGUGACGGACGCCGGCGACAGUGGCAGAGCGGCAACUCGACGGCGAGGAAGGAUGCCGGCAGUGAAGGCGACGUCCGGCACUCGGCGUGGCAGCGCUGCACCCGACGGCGAUGAUGGCGGCGGCCACUGGCGAUGGAAGCAGCGGCGGCGCUGGAGGCUUGGCGACGGCGGCUGGAGGCUUGGCGACGCUGGGCAGCGACUGGCGGCGGCGAGGAGGCUCUGGCUUGCGCGACGCCGGCGUGGUCGAACGGCAGGGAUGACCGGCGGCUGGCUCACGGCAGCGAUGAUGGCAGAG